AUGCGCUUCUUCAACUCCGCAGCGAUCUCUGUUCUUCCUGCUCUUGCUUCGGCCUCGCCCCAUCCACAGGGAGGUGCCGCCCUCUGCACUGGAGUGCCGUAUGGCUACGCUGGCGGCUGCGGUUUCAGCAACAGCACUGCGUCCAGCUUGAGCACAACCCGUUCCACCUCAACCAGCACUGCCAGCUCAACCACUACCUCUGCCACCAGUGGCGCCAUCACGACUCCCACUACGCCCAUCACGGUCGUUUCUGUUAGAAGCGGUUCCGCAAUUGACUAUCUCCGCAUGAAUGCUGCCGGCUUGCGAUUCUACCUCGGGGGAGAUACCUUGUCAUAUUGCCCGUCUCAGGUAGAUCAGAUCGGAGCGUGUCCGGCUGGCAACGAGACGGUCUUCUCUCUCUGUAACAUGGCGGUGGUUGUUCCAGGUGGUCAGCAAAUCUACGUUACGCCGCACGGUGAAAUCGGCUAUACCCAAGCACAUUCUUCCUUCAGGCCGGUCGGCUCGAUCCUUUGUCCGUUCGUCUACAGAAAGAGGCAGGAUGCACCAUUCGGGAUGCUGAGCACCCAGGCGUUUGGGGCAACAGGCUUCAUGGCGUGCCCAACAGAGGGCAAUACCUGGCAAGUUUUUGCAAAUAUGCAGAACGCCACGGUUCCGGGAGGGAAUGUAACGGACUGUUUGCCAUUUGGAGCGAUAGCUCUCGAUUCUGCCCAAGCCUUUGCUGCCUGGCAAUACACCUGA